CUUGCGCUUCCGCUCGCCACUGCUCACUGGCUCAUCUGAACGCUUGCCAUUUCUAUCUUCACGACAGCCAACGACUUCUUUAUCUUCGAUACGAAGCGCUCGUAUCAAGGAUAUCAUUAUAUAAUAGUCACGCACUUGGCCUGCUUUCUACUCGUAACAAAUGUCCAAGCCUGUCCAUGAUGAGAAUGAAGUUAUAUCGGCGUUGACUGGCUUUUCGAUUGAUCACGUCCUCACAGGACUCUCUUUGCCGUCUGGCUCUGCACUUUCAAAUCAACUCGGGAUAUCUGGUAUUCCAUCCCUGAACUCCAGUCAAAUCUAUGGCAAGUGGGACAACGACGGUGCUGUUGGAGAGGGAGAAGGCGAGGAUUAUGAAGAUGAGGUGAAUCGUGAACUAGAAGAGGAAGAGGAGGAGGAGGAAUCCUUUGUGAAGACGGAGGUAGAGUCUCCAAAGGCGAGCAAUCUCCAAAAAAAACGUGUUCGUAUUGUCAGGCGAUUUGUGGAGCGCCCAAAGACCGUAUAUGAACGGUUUCCGAUGUUCGAGAAGAACAAAAUCUUGGAUUUCACAGAGCUUUUCAAGGGAUACACCGGCACGAAGCCACGUGUGAUGAGACGGCCACUCCAGAUGGAAACGGUCUAUUCCAAGCGGAAAGACGUGCCCAAGGCGUUUCUGGAAACUAUCGUAGGGGACACAAAGAGACGCGUAGAAAGCGAACGUGUCGAGGAGUCCGUCUCUUCAGGAAGCAUUGAGCACGAUCUUCGUCUUGCUAUUGAGGAGCGUGGAGAAUCAGAGGUGCCCGUCUCACUUCCCCUCCACGAUCGCUCGUUCGAUCUCGUUCUACUCUCCAACUGGGAGGAUCAAAUCAUUUACGAACCGGAGGAAUAUAUGUCACCUGUUGAGCCCGUCCACACAGACUUGACGACACCUGUAAACAAAGCACUCGAUUCCGGUGCUUGGACACAGAGCAUCAUUUGGAGCCCACGAGCGCCAUUCCGUGACUUCACGCAGCUCGAAUUCAACAGCGGGGAGGAUGCCGUCUCCGAAGAACGCGUCGCCACCCAAGAUCCACGGCCAAGAAAGCGCCUCAGGCUUGAUAAUGCUCAGGCGAAAGAUAAGUUCAACCUUUCAAAUGAUCAUUUCUAUGAGGUUGCGAAGGAAGGUGGACGCCAUCGGGUUCGCCAAACGUUUGGCCAACUUGUUGUCGAGCAUGCUUACCCUGCACAGAAACUUCAACUGCCCUUCUACAAAACACGUUUGUUGAAGCAGGAGGCACGAUCCUUCCAUCGCCCAGCUCUACAAUUCCCCUCCAAUAUCGAACUGCGGUUCAGUAAGGUGCGCACAGCCAAGAAGAAGAAGGACAAAGCUGGCAGGAAGGUCGGACGUGGAGGCAAUGUCGGGGAAGGGUUACGCAAGACAAGUGACUUGAGCUUGAGGGACACAAGCAACUUUGUACUCUGGGAGUUCUCCGAAGAACAUCCACCUAUCAUGUCCAGUUUUGGCAUGGGCAGCAUCCUCGUCAACUACUACCGCAAGAAGAACGAGAAAGACGAUCAUGUACCCAAGUUGGACCUUGGUGCACCGUUUGUUCUCGAGCCUCAGGACGAGUCGCCCUUUAUGAAAUUCGGUUAUGUCUAUCCUGGUCAAACCGUCCCCGCUCUCUACAGUAACCUUGUUCGCGCGCCGUUGUUUCGACAUAAACCACAACACACAGAUUUCUUGGUCAUCAAAAAUACCAUCAAGGGCGAGGCAAGAUACUAUAUUCGCGAGAUCAAGAAUCUGUUCACAGUGGGACAGACGUACCCUGUGACCGAAGUCCCUGGGCCACAUUCGAGGAAGAUCACCAACACCAUAAAAUACCGCCUGCAAAUCAUCGCAUACAAGCUGCUUCAGAAGAGCAACGGCGAGCGUUUGAAGAUUGCCAGGCUGAUGAAGAAUUCAUGGAGUACCAUAGGCGCGGACCACAUCAGGGCUUCUGGCGUCUCAAACCGGGAUGGGUCAUCCCAAGCGAUGCAGACAUGCUCAAGAUGGUGGGCCCAGAACAAGUGGUGUUGUCGGAAAGCAUGCAGGUCGGCCAGCGCCAUCUGCAGGAUGCGGGUUACAGCGGUACGACAGAGCAGGCAGAUGACGACGAGGCCAAUUUGUCCAUCGAGCAGCAGUUGGCGCCUUGGAUCACCACCAAGAACUUCCUAUUCGCAACGCAAGCCAAAGCGAUGCUCAGGCUCCACGGCGAAGGAGACCCAACCGGGCGCGGCGAAGGAUUCAGCUUCAUCCGCGUGUCGAUGA